UUUGUUGAAGGUUACCUGUUUGAUUUUGAAGGUGUCAUCCUACAACUGAGAAUGCAAGUUUCUCACGUGGGAGUGGUCAGGGAAUCCAUGCUGGCCAAUCCUCUUUUAAUUAGGCCUGUGCUUGGAAAGACCAAGUCCAAUGGGUUGGCGUUUCCAGGACCAGACUUUGUGUAUGGAACUGUUACAACCACCCAGGACGGAGGAGUCUCAGAAGCCUUGUCCAACUGGCGCGCACACUCUGUGCCAACCAGUGGCUGCAGCAGCCAGUCCCGGAGGCCUGAGAAGGACUUUGUUGCGAUGAACCGUGAGGGGGUGAAGUCUGGCCUCGUGACAGCCAAGGAGCAUUACCAGUAUCGUGCCACCCAGGACAGGAGACGAGCCGCACCUGCCAGAGUGCGCUCACAUGUCCCUGCACCCCCCCGCAUUCCCCCAGACACUACGUUUGGCAUCUCAACACGGCCCUCCACUCCCAUACACGAGCUUCUGGAGCACAAGUACGCCCAACUCUGGCUGCAGGAGCAGAAGGUCAAGGAGAAAGCCAGGGAGGAGGACAAGCUCAACAAGCCUAAACUGGGCCGCAUCCCAGAGACACGGACCACUCUGUUGAGGAAGAGUCGACCCGUGCCUGAGUCUGCUCCGCUGUGGAAGCUUCCCCGUUUCCAGCAGAUUGGGCCAGCCCUGGAUACCUUCCGGGACCCACAUGCAAGAAAGAAGGCCUUUAGUGCCCACCUCUCAGACUCAGUCGCACGGAGAGGUCAGCUGGGCCAGGGGACCUACACCAUGGGUUAAAUCAUUUCCACGAGAGAGUCUAGUAGUAACACAUCAAAAACAUGUGAACAAGUGAAAAAUAUCAGAAACAUGUCAAAUGCAAAGUAAUUGGCCAAACAAUAUUUCCAACAUAUAGAAUGUCCUAAAUCUAUUACAAAUGUUUGAUACAGAUUUAAAUACAAAUAUUUGACUGGUACUGUUAUUAUAUAUA